AUGGCUUCCUUUGUCAAAUUGAAGCUCCGGCGAGAUUCUCUUCAAGCUACUCUCAUUGCCAUCGCAGCACUGAUAUCUGCAUGGUUCCUUGCGCUCGUCAUUCUCCCACAAUGCAAACCCGCAAUUGCCUCAGCCCGCCAGAAUCUCCCCUCAAUCGCCAUCGACUGGUCCCCCAACGACGACCCCCGAAAGCACUACAACGCCUCCAAAGUAGCGCUCAUCAUCGAACAUGAGCCGUUACCCCUUCUCGUACCUUUAAUCCUCCACAUGAUCGCUGUUGUGCCCCCAGAUUGGCGCUUCAUCUUCAUCGGAUCACAAAAGAGUGUGUGGACUGUCGGUCGAGCUUUCGGGAUCCAGUUUCAGCAAGGUUUGGGCAAGAUUGAAAUGAUGCAGUUGCCGCAGCCUUGGAAGAUCAGAUCGAGGGAGGAUAGAAGUCGUCUCCUUACUGACACCCGGUUUUAUGACGAGUUUCUACCUGAUGUGGAGUGGCUUUUGAUGUUCAGCUCGGAUAGCAUCUUAUGUGCCAACUCGGAGUUGAGCUUGAACGACUGGCUGGACUACACUUGGGCUGGUGCAACUGAUAACAGAGAAAAGAAGAACCUCGCAGUCUACGGCGAUCUCUCUCUUCGUCGCGUCUCAGCCAUCAAGCAGAUUCUCAGCUUUCAGUCACGAUACAACGACACCGCAGGUGAUGAUUCAUGGUUCGGCACGCGUCUUGAAGUUCUUCCUGAUGCGAAACUAGCCAUGACUUCAGAUCGACCCUUUGCCGUUCAGAACAAUAUCACCGCGAAGCCGAUGGGGUACAAUCUUCAAGGCCGUGGGGAUCAGGUCGACCGAGAAGUCUGGAAGUUUCCUGAGGCUAGAAAAGAGGCUUUGAAUUAUUGUCCGGAGAUACAUAUUAUUCUCAACAUGAAGCUGGAGAGGGAGAGAUGUCCUGGGGAUAAUCUCAUGGGUCAGAUUGUAGCUUCGACGACUACGACGGCAUCAGCCUUAACUACUUCCUAA